AAGAAAUAUUACAAUAAUUGUAUCAAAAACAUAGCCUUCAACACAAUUUCAUUGUGAAUUUUUCAAGCACAAGCUUUCUAAACAUUAUAAGUAGUAAGAAAGCAAAGGAUAAAAUUUAUCAAAGCAAAAAUGGGUUCAAGUUUCCAAAGCUGCUUUGUUCCAAUUCUAUCUCUCCUUUUCUUGGCUCAUGUUUCAACCUCCUAUGGAGGUGGCAUUGCCAUCUAUUGGGGCCAAAGUGGUGCUGAAGGAACUCUAAGAGAAGCAUGUUCCACAGGAAGAUACAAGUAUGUUAUGCUUGCUUUUCUCAACAAGUUCGGCAGCGGUCGCACCCCGUCGAUCAACCUCUCUGGACAUUGCAACCCGGCAAAUGGUGGCUGCAAGAUAGCCAGCCAAAACAUAAAGUUCUGCCAAAGCAAAGGGAUCAAAGUUCUUCUCUCCAUUGGAGGUGGCAUCGGAAGCUACUCCCUGGCUUCCCCUGCUGAUGCUAGAAAAUUUGCGACCUAUCUCUACAACAACUACCUUGGUGGCCGAUCAUCCACUCGCCCGCUGGGCAAUGCGGUGUUGGAUGGAAUAGACUUUGACAUCGAGCUCGGAUCCACGGCAAAUUGGCAAUUUCUUGCAAGGUACCUAAAAGGGUUCGACAAGCCAAACAAACGAGUGUACUUAUCAGCUGCUCCUCAAUGUCCAUUCCCAGACAGGUUUCUUGGCAAAGCCCUUGACACGGGCCUUUUUGACUACGUUUGGGUUCAGUUCUACAACAAUGGUCCAUGCCAGUAUGAAGCUGGCAACAUUAAUAAGAUCAUAGCAUCGUGGAACCGUUGGACAACAUUAGUGAAGGGAUCGGGGAAGAUCUUCCUUGGCUUGCCAGCAGCUAGAGGAGCUGCAGGAAGUGGAUACAUUCCACCUCGAGUGUUGACUUCACAAAUCCUUCCAAAGAUAAAAAGAUCACGAAGGUAUGGAGGAGUAAUGUUGUGGUCACGAUAUUGGGACAAACAAACAGGAUAUAGUUCUACAAUUAUCAGAAGUGUCUAAUAUAUUGUGUGUGUGUGAAACACGAAACUAUACUAGUGAGUUUGAAUGAUAUAAAGUCUAAUUAAUAAAUAAUGUGUAGUUGUAUGUCUAUAUAAGAAUCUUUCGGUAGGAGAUGCUUGUAUUUCCUCGUUUAUGUAAUGUGUUGAUGCAAUAAUCCUCCAAAAUGGAGAUCGUAAUAUAAUAAAUGUUGUUUGUUUUGUUA